CUGAACUGCUAUUCCAUAUUCAUAUCCACACGUUGUAGCAUACAGUGAUAAGAAUAUAUUGUGCGCAACGUUUGUAAAUACAAUAUGUUUUUUUACUUAAUUUAUUUCGCGUUGCCCAUUUUGGCCCUUGGCUUGAAUGAUGUAGAUGAAUUAACCAAGGGUAACAAUCAGUUCACGGCGGAUAUUUUCGGAGUGCUUCAAAAUAAACAACAGGGUAACUUUAUGUUCAGUCCGUUUUCGGCACAAUGUAUAUUCGGUUUGACCAGCGAAGGUGCGAAACAACAAACCUUCACUCAAUUAGUCGACGGCAUUAAAAUCCCAUCUAACAAAACAGUACGUCGAACGGCCUUCCAUUCGACCAUAACGGCUUUACAGCACAAUUCUACGGAUUUAAAAUUACUCACGGCCAAUCAAAUUUAUGUUAAAUUGGGAUUUGAUUUAAAGCCGGCAUUUUUGGAUGUCGCCAAAAAUAUAUACGAAGCAAAUGCUGAAAGCAUAAAUUUUGUUGAGAACGAAGCGGCGGCCAAGACAAUAAACGACUGGGUCAAAUCACGGACAAACAACAAAAUUGAAAACCUGGUGUCACCUGACAGUCUUUCAGCAACCACGGUGGCCGUGUUAAUAAACUGUCUUUACUUUUCAGGAUUUUGGCAGAAACCUUUUGAUGCGAUAGGAAAAGAUGUGUUCCAUGUUUCUGAAUGUCAGAACAAAUCUGUAGAUUUUAUGACUGUAGAGAGUUCUUUUAACUAUUACGAAGACUCGCACGCUCAGUACGUUGAAUUGCCUUAUAAUUCAACUGAUGUAGACAUUUCUAUGAUUGUUGUUUUACCCAAAUCCGGUAAAACAUUAAAAGAUUUGCCACUUACAACAGUUUUUAAAAAACCCAAAAUGACAAAAACAAGCGUCAAAAUUAUUUUACCCAAGUGGUAUGUUACUAAUACAUUCGAACUUGUGCCGAUCUUACAAACGUUGGGAAUUGAAGAUCUUUUUGAACCUGGUGUAGCUGAUUUAAGCAAUAUCGCUGGUCAGCCUGGCGAUCUCUACGUGUCAGAAUCAAUUCAAAAGACCUUCAUCAAUGUCACAGAGUCCGGAACAGAAGCAGCUGCAGCUACUUCAAUUACCAUAUCAUUGACAUCAGUUAUAUUGACAACCAAAUCUUUUACUGCAAACCGUCCUUUUUACUACUAUAUACAAUCUAAAGGAUUAAUAUUAUUUGCUGGGAGGGUUCUAAACCCUUAAUAAUAAAAAUCAAUUAGUGUUUACUUAUUUUAAAUAUGUAAAGAAGUGUAAAAUCUAAAACAAUAUAUAGGAACAACCAAUGUUAUUCUAGAUUUGUAGAAGUAAAUGUUUAGUAGUAAAAUAGUUAGUUAAUUGUACUUUUAUCUCGUUACAUGUUUUGACAUUGGAGGUUAAACAAAACCAACAUAAUUAAUGAAUUAUUAAAAAUAUA